CGGGAAUCAACCCAGCCCAAUGUGCAACCUUAUUAGUUGUAUUAAACUUCAUUCGUAGAACACACGGUAUGUGAUAUUUUCUUCGAUCCCCGCUUUGUCGAAACUAAACCCCUAACCCUGCGAAUCAUCUCUGCUUCCUCUAACCAAGCAAUAAAGAAACCCGAUGUUGAUGAUGGCCAAAGAAUUGCCUGAAGACUUGGUGAUACAGAUUCUCGUAUGGCUUCCGGUCGUCUCUCUCUUGCGAUUCAAGUCCGUCUGCAAAUCCUGGUACGCUCUCAUCACAAACCAAAACUUCAUUACAAAACACCUCCUACACAACAAGAACAUCAACACCCAGCUUCUCCUUAAAACGCGCGACAAGACCACCGAAGAUUAUGUUGUAUCCACGAUUUCUUAUGAAACUCUCCAAGUAUCCCUUACACAUCCUCUACCUCCACUGUGUCUUGGGAUCGACAAGAUAUCAAUUUUUGUCGUGGGUUCUUGCAAUGGUCUCGUUUGUCUCCAUGAUUACCGUUCUGUUAUAUGGAACCCUGCAACUAAAGAAACAAAGAUUGUCCCCAAAUCAAACCUGCCCCGUAUUGUCCCCGCUGGCUAUCUCACCAGAAUUGACGGUUCGGGAACAUACAUCAAUGGAAUGACUUCUUGGCUGGCAUAUGAAAAUGAUUGUGAGUUAUUUGUUUUGUCAUUUGACAUGAGCGAUGAGGUAUUCCUAAAAACACCACUUCCAGAUAAUACUUAUAGAGAGGGCGGGGAAGAACUUUUCGUGUUGAAUGAAUUGAUUGUCAUCGCUUUUCCUCAUGAACAAUACUUAUACUCUGAACUUAUCUAUGAUAUAUGGUUGUUGCUUAAAGUCGGUAUUAAGGACUCCUGGACUAGGCUUUUCACUAUUGGACCAUUUAUACAAAUUAACGAUAUAGGAUGGCCAGGGCCAUUAGGAUUUUGGAAGAAUGACACCAUGCUCAUUGUAAAAUCUGACGGACAACUGGCCUUAUAUGACCCCUCUUCCAAACAAAUAACUAAUCUCCAAAUUCAUGGAGACAUAAUGUGCUUGCAGUUGGUUACGUACAUGGAGACCCUAGUUUCUGUCAAGAGAGGAAAUGAAUUUGAAGAGCAAGACAAUUGUUGACAAGGCUUGAGGGCUCAUCUUUCUAUAUCUCUUCCAAGUGUGUUUCAAGCAGCAUGUGUAUUCUGAGAUAAUAUUUUCUGCUUAUUCUUGUCAAAUUAUGUCUUUCUCAAAUAUUUAUUCUCUUACAUUUUACCUGUAUUUCUUUUGAAGCAAUUGUGAGAGAUUUUUAUGGUUAAAGAAGCAAUUGUACAAGGGUUCUGCACAUGACUUUUAUUUUACUUAUCAUGAGGAAUUGUCUUUUCACAGUUCCAUAUGUUUAGUAUUUCUUAUAUAUAUUGAUAUUUCUUUCCAUCUA